CAGAGAGCCCUGCACCACGCACGUAGUGAGUGACGCCUCCGGCCACGCCCACUCUCCAGGGCCUCUUCCGGGUUCAGGCUGAGACCUGGGACUGCUGGAGCUGCUGCAGCUGCUGCUGGACAUGAGCGCCCUCAUCCUCCUCAUCACCCUGUGCUUCCUGCUGCCCUGGGAAUCCCACCUGCAGGGACCAGGCUCUGGUGCCCAUGGCUGCUUCUGCCAGGUGGCCGGCUACCUGGACGACUGCAUCUGUGACGUGGAGACCAUAGAUAUCUUUAAUAAUAAGAAGCUGUUUCCCAAAUUGCAGAAACUGCUGGAAACGGACUAUUUCCGAUACUACAAGGUAAAUCUGAAGAAGCCCUGUCCGUUCUGGAAUGACAGCAGCCACUGCGGGAUAAGAGACUGCGCCGUGCAGCCCUGCCCUACUGAUUCCGUUCCGCUUGGCAUAAAAUCUCCUGGUUUUAAGUACACAGAGGCUGCAAAUACCGCCGGUGGGGAGCUGGAGUGUGAGACGGAGAAGAGGCUGGGUGCAGUGGAUGAGUCCUUGAGCGAAGCCGCGCAGGAAGCUCUCGUGCAGUGGAACCAGCACGACGAUUCCUCAGAUGAUAACUUCUGUGAGCUAGAUGAUGAGGAGUCUCCGGAUGCCGAAUAUGUCGAUUUGCUCAUUAACCCCGAACGUUACACUGGUUACAAAGGAGCUGACGCCUGGAAGAUCUGGAACAGUAUAUAUGAGGAAAACUGUUUCAAGCCAAAAGCGGUGAAUCUGCCGCUGAAUCCCCUGAAUUCUGCACGAGGAGAAAAUGACGAGACCAUGUUCUCCAGCUGGCUGGAAGGCCUUUGUGUUGAGAAGAGGGCUUUCUACAGGCUAAUCUCAGGAUUGCACGCCAGCAUCAAUAUUCACCUUAGUGCACGAUAUCUGCUGCAAGACACCUGGAUGAACAAGAGGUGGGGUCACAAUGUGACAGAGUUUCAGAGACGCUUUGACGCCACCCAAACCCUGAACGAAGGCCCGAGGAGAUUGAAGAACUUGUAUUUUAUUUACCUGAUUGAGCUGCGGGCCAUUUCCAAGGUGCUGCCGUUUUUCGAGCGUCAGUCUUUCCUGCUGUAUACGGGAAAUAAAACGCAAGACCUGGAAACAAAGAAGCUUCUGAUUGGCAUUCUACAUGACGCCAAAGAUUUCCCUUUGCACUUUGAUGAGAACUCCCUGUUUGCGGGGGAUAAGAAGCAGGCGGACCGUUUAAAGGAUGAUUUCAGGCAUCACUUCAGAAACAUUUCCAGGAUAAUGGACUGCGUCGGCUGCUUUAAGUGUCGGCUCUGGGGAAAGCUGCAGACUCAGGGAUUGGGCGCUGCCCUGAAGAUCCUCUUCUCUGAAAAGCAAAUCCAGAAUAUGCCUGAAAAUGGCCCUUCAUACGGCUUCCAUCUAAAGCGCCAGGAGAUUGUGGCCCUGCUCAAUGCUUUUGGAAGAAUUUCCACAAGUAUUAGAGAAUUGAAGAACUUUAAAAGCCUUCUACAGAACGUGUGACGGGCAAGGAGAGAAGACCUAGGAGGACAGAACUUUGCACUAUCCAGGCUCAUACAUUUUUUUGACAGCAAACCUUUGGUCAAAGUCUUGAGAAUCUAGAUUCUCGCUGUGAAACUGGUCCUUGCAGGACCUUCCUGUGUAUAUUGUAAAAUAAAAGAUGCUUACGAUUUUCUAUUUACUGUGACUUGUAACUGCAGUUCCGUGGGAUGUCCUAACCAAGCGUUAACCACCAAAUUGCAUUUAGGACAGACUUAUUUUUUUCCCCCUAUCCUAAGUAAGAAGAAAAGAAGAACGUUUGACUAAUUUAAAACCACAUGCCUCACCAUUUUUGUCCAGUGUGUAUAUUACAUGUACUCUCUCUGUCCUCACACGAUGGUUCCAUACCGUACCAGGACGUUGGCAGCUGGCACCCUCUGUACGAAUGCUGCAGCUGUAAGCAAAGCCGAAUAAUAGUCGCCAAGGCGUAAGAUUUUAUUUAUUGUUAAGAAGCAUCCGCACAACAGCUUGCUGUGGCCGCAGCCUCCAGACGGCCCAGUCUGACCCAACUGACAACUGGUAUAGUAUUUAAGGUCGCUGUAACAGUGGAAUCCUAAAAAGUGACUUUUUUGUUUCUUGUUAGUUAAUCUAUCAUUUUAAAUAUUGUGUAAUAGUGGGAUAUAUAAUUGUAUUUAUUUUCUUUUCCCUGGAGUGUUGUUGGAAGAGCGAUGGGUGGGUGUUGUUACUACGGGUACUCAGGGACCACUAACAGUUUGGAUUUUAAGGAUAACCCUGUUUAAAUGCAGUUUAAUAAAUGCGCUAUUAUUCUAUUG